AUGGGCUGGCAUAAACCUAAACCUUCCAAGAGAUAUUCUGCUACUCUCCCUGGUUGCAUCACUGCUGUUUUUCACUUGUUUCGUUUCCAUUGUCCUUUAAAUCACCAAACCAGUGGUAGUCAGAGGCGCCAAGUCGCCGCCGCCGCCGCCGCCACCGCCGUUGCAGGCACAGAGGCGCCAAGGAACAGCUUGGAGUCAGAGGAGGAAGAUGAAAUCUUGAACGUUCCUAUGGGAAUUCAAAUCAAAACAAAAGUUGUAGCCACCGCAGACAAUGACAUUGACACACCGGGGACAAAGACGCCUACAUUGGUUGCUAGGCUAAUGGGACUGGACCUUAUUCCAGAAACAAGGUCAUUGGAUGGUACCCGGUCGUUGCCGGUGACUCCAAGAACAUCGUCGGUGAGGAGGUCGGACGUCGAUCGUCAUCAUCGUCGCCUCUCGCUUCAAAUUAACAAAGAAAACAUGAGCGCUACACAAGAGUUGAUAAUGUCUCGUCUCUCGUCAUUAAUGAAAAGGAAAGAGAAGAAGCAUGAAUAUGUGAAGCAAGUUAAAGAAAGAGUUGCCAGGAAAGUUGGAAUGAAUAUAACCAACGAGGUUCGAAACAGAGAAGAGCUUGUUAGCCAUUUCAAAUACAAGAAAAUUUCGGCUUUAACCAAAGUUGCCGAUGAUUCCACCAUUGUCAAGCACUCUACAAAUCCAAAACCAUCAACUCCCAGAAUCCAAAAGCAAACCAGUACUCGCAAGUUGCAGCCUCUUGAAGAACAACAAUAUGAGCAGAAGCCAAUAGCCGCAAGCAAAAGCAAGAAAGGGUCCAACAAGAAGUUGGUUUCCAGAUUGAAGAAGCCUCAACAAUCAUUGGAAAUUAUCCGAAGCCGAAACAAGAAAGAAGAACCUUUCGUUCGUGCUCCUAAAGCCAGCAGAGUAAACAUUCCCGACAAGAAAUGCAGGAAAAUCCCAUUGUCCGAUGAUCUCCUCAACAGCAUAAAGAUCCCCACCCUCAUCCUAGUUAAAAAAGACCCUUCUCCUCCAUCCACAAAUAUCCCUCAAAAACAGGCCUUACAUGCUCGAAGACCGUACAUCAAACAAGAACCACGACAAGAACACGUUUCAAGAUGUAACAAUGCCACCAUUACCACCGCCGCCGCCAUCUCCACCGCCGUUGGUAAAGAAGAACACGAUUACAUUACAAGAAUAUUAAGACGCACAGGCUUAGACAAAGAUACCCGAGUCUCCAUUUCGUCCUGGUUCUCUCCUUCCCAUCCUCUCGACCCUUCCAUUUUUCACCAACUCGAGAACGAAAACAAUGAUGAAAUAUCCAACUGUAGUGAAUUUAGGCGCCGGUGCAACAGGAAGUUGCUGUUUCAUCUAGUGGAUGAACUUUUGAGUGAAAUUUUGAAGCCAUGUUUCAAUAUGAAGCCUUGGGUGGUGAGCACCGUCGGGCAUGGUUUUAGUUAUACGGAUGGGUUUCGGCUAAUAGACACGUUGUGCUCGAGAAUCGGAAGCUUUCCUUGUUCUGAUUGUCGUGUUCUUGAAGACAUCGACGCGUUGAUCGGAAGAGACUUGGCGGAGGUUAAUGUGCAGGGCGUAAUGGCGUACGAGGAACAAGGGGAAGGGAUUGUGGCGGAGAUCGAGAAGGACAUACUAGACACGAUGCUGUACCAAGAGUUUGAACUCUCCGAGGAUUCGUUUCAAGAAUGA